AGCGGGGCGUCGGGGAGGGCAGCGAUCCUGGUGGAGGAAAUUUGGGAGGAGUGUCGGGGGGUCAGCAACUUAAAAGGGGGAGGGAACUGAGGCUAAGGAGACUUUCGGGAAUGGAAGCGCAAUGUAUGAGGGGAUACCGUGUCUCUGGUUUAAAAGAGCAGGAAGCUGAGUGAGAGGUUGGAGAAGCCUCUUUGCUUAGGCGGAGGUUACAGGUGGUAUCUCGGAAAGAGCUCUGAGGCUGCAGGCUGUAGUCGUGAAGAGAAUCAGAUAACUGUGUGGAAGGGACAGCUUGGGGGUUAGCGACCUGGGGCGAGGGGAGAAGUUAGCUACUUUGUGAGGACUGGCAGGAAUGUGCCUCCUGGCCCUCGGUGCUUCCCCCCUGGGGGGAGGCAUCGUGAGGGACUGUGGAAGGCUCCUCUGAACGCUGAGCGGCGGAGGUCCAACUCCACGUAUGGAUCCAGGGAAUAAGAAUUCAGCCACAGGGGCUGCCGCGAUCAUAGACCUCGAUCCCGACUUCGAACCCCAGAGCCGUCCCCGCUCCUGCACCUGGCCCCUUCCCCGACCAGAGCUCGCUACAGAGCCUCCCGAGCCACCAGAGGUGGAGCCAGGUCUGGGAGAGAAGGUACACACGGAGGGGCGCUCAGAGCCUAUCCUGUUGCCCUCGAGGCUCCCAGAGCCGGCAGGGGGCCCCCAGCCCGGGAUCCUGGGGGCUGUAACAGGUCCUCGGAAGGGAGGCUCCCGCCGGAAUGCCUGGGGAAAUCAGUCAUAUGCAGAACUCAUCAGCCAGGCCAUUGAAAGCGCGCCUGAGAAGCGACUGACACUCGCCCAGAUCUAUGAGUGGAUGGUCCGCACUGUGCCCUACUUCAAGGACAAGGGUGACAGCAACAGCUCAGCAGGAUGGAAGAACUCGAUCCGCCACAACCUGUCCCUGCACAGCAAGUUCAUUAAGGUUCACAACGAGUCCACUGGCAAGAGCUCUUGGUGGAUGCUGAACCCCGAGGGAGGCAAGAGCGGCAAGGCACCCCGCCGCCGGGCAGCCUCCAUGGAUAGCAGCAGCAAGCUGCUCCGGGGCCGCAGCAAGGCCCCCAAGAAGAAGCCAGCUGUGCUGCCAGCUCCACCCGAAGGUGCCACCCCGAUAAGCCCCGUUGGCCACUUUGCCAAGUGGUCAGGCAGCCCUUGCUCUCGAAACCGUGAGGAAGCUGAUGUGUGGACCACCUUCCGUCCACGAAGCAGUUCAAAUGCUAGCACUGUCAGCACCCGGCUCUCCCCCAUGAGGCUAGAGUCUGAGGUGCUGGCAGAGGAGGAAAUACCAGCUUCAGUCAGCAGCUAUGCAGGGGGUGUCCCUCCCACCCUAAACGAAGAUCUUGAGCUGUUAGAUGGGCUCAAUCUCACAUCUCCCCAUUCUCUGCUAUCUCGGAGUAGUCUCUCUGGCUUCUCUUUGCAGCAUCCUGGGGUUACAGGCCCCCUACACACCUACAGCACCUCCCUCUUCAGCCCAGCAGAGGGGCCCCUGUCAGCAGGAGAAGGGUGCUUCUCAAGCUCCCAGUCUCUGGAGGCCCUGCUCACCUCUGAUACACCACCACCCCCUGCUGAUGUCCUCAUGACCCAGGUAGAUCCCAUUCUGUCCCAGGCUCCGACACUUCUGUUGCUGGGGGGGAUGCCUUCCUCCAGUAAGCUAGCCACAGGAGUUGGCCUGUGUCCCAAGCCCCUAGAGGCUCCAGGUCCCAGCAGUCUGGUUCCCGCUCUUUCUAUGAUAGCACCACCUCCAGUCAUGGCGGGUAUUCCUGUCCCUAAGACCCUGGGGACACCUGUGCUCACACCCCCUACUGAAGCUUCGAGCCAAGACAGAAUGCCUCAGGAUCUUGAUCUUGACAUGUAUAUGGAGAACCUGGAGUGUGACAUGGAUAACAUCAUCAGUGACCUCAUGGAUGGGGGUGAGGGACUGGACUUCAACUUUGAGCCAGAUCCCUAAGCCAUGACGGGAAGCUUUGUCCCCUGCACAGAGGAGGAGGCAGGCGUGCCCAUACCACUCUUUACCCUUGACCACUCCCUGGGAAUUUGGGACCCUGCUUUAGAGUUAGGUGGGGUCUGCUCACACAGGUGUUGAAAUUAUAAAGAAAGAGCUGCCCCAUAUAGGAACUAUGGGGGUAGGGAAGGGAGAGGGGAAAAGGAAAUGGCUUAUUCUCACUGUGCCAAUUAGGGUAUGAGGCUGCCUCUCAGGAGUGUCCCUGGCUCCCCCACCCAUUUCCACCCCCUGGGUUUUAUAGCAGGGGCCGGCAAUGCUGUUGGAAAUGUGAAGUCACCAGUGGCCUUACCCUGCCUUUGGGAGCAGGAUUUUUUGUAGUCUUAUCUGAGCUGGUCCAGGCUAACUUGAGCCUGGGAUUUUUAUGCAGUGGCCCCUUAGGCCAGUGGCAUGUGUGUGGGGGUGGGUGGGUAGCAGGGACCUGAAAAGGCCAAGGUCUUAGCAGUGGAGUGACUUGCCUGGCCAAAUCACCCUUGGAAGGCUGCAGAUAAGAAAGGCUUUUUAUAAACUUUUCAAGAAGUAUAAACACCAAUAUAGAGAUUUUUUAACAGUGGCAAGGUGCUAGUGAUGAGAAUGCUUUUUUCUUUCUGAAGGCUUUGUCAUAGUGACAUGAUGCAAACACUACAGACAUUACUUGGGGAAACACAGGGAAGUGGGGGAGAGAACUCCAGGGAGGUGGGAGAUCAGCAGUGGGGAGCAAUAUAGUGAGCAAGGGGAAGUGCUCCCACGUGUUGCAACCAAGUCUAGAACAAGGUCUGUGCAGAACUAGUUUGAAGUUUCCCUAAGGAAAAAUGAAGCCAGGUACCCUCCUUCUGUCACUUUGUGCCUGGGAGUGUGUGGUGUUGGGGUGCAGCCACACUCUCGCCUGACCCACUGUGUGCUAGUGCUCAAGUGGGAGGGUGCAUUGAAGGCCUGGAAUUAGUCUGUGGCCUGGGAAGGGGGAAGGGGGAGAUGAGAAGGGGGGAAGGAUUUAGGGUGGUAAAGUUAGGCACAGAGACCUCCCUGUUCAAGGACCCUCACAGCUGUCUCUGCCCUUCUUCCCCUUGCCUAGCUACAGGGGUUACAUGGAAGUGUGUGUGGUGACAGGCAGGGGGAGGGGAGGAACAGGGAAUUGGGAGCUGGGGAGCUUGGCCAAGGGUCUGGGAAAUGAGUGGGGAUGGAGGGUAAUGUGGAUCAGAUUUACUAGCACCUGCCAGGAAGGCCAUCUGGGGUUCCUUCACCCCAGCCUCCAAAGCAGCCCCUCCCCGUUCUGUGCCCCCGCCUUCCCUUUGCAUUGUCCCCUCCCCCGCCCCUGCUGUGGGUUCCCAUCAUUUCCUGUGUCAGUGCCUGGCCUACCCAGAUUGUAUCAUGUGCAAGAUUGGAGUGGGGAAGUGUGUCAAAUCAAUAAAUGAAUAAAUUCAAUAAAUGCCUAUAACCAGC